CAGCGAGUAUUGCAUGGUCGGACAUCGGCCGCCAACUCUCAAUCGCUUGUAAGCCACUCUCACGGCUCAGCCUGUGGCCCUUGAGUCUCACGUUUAUCUCCGACUCGAACCCUUCCAGCACAACAGAUACGGACCUGUCCUCUAAAAAAUGCAAGGGAAGCGGAUAGAAAAGUCAACCCCUACGAAGUCUUUCGAUACCGUGGUGUCCAGACCUCAGAUGUUGAAGCGAGGGUGCGCCCCGAUAUGGUAACGAGGAAGGGGCGGCACAGUGGGUCUCCGGAACGUUUUUUUUGGUUUGGGGAGCGGUGUAUCGACAUAAGUGCAUCGCUAUCAUUUCAUUUCAUUGCAAUAGAGCCUGAGCGCAAUAUGACGAUGACCAGCAAAGCACCAACUUCCUUCCGAUGCAUUGGAAGUGGCAACGCGCGAGCUAGGCCCACUGUGUUGCCAAAGUUUGCAACCUCUCAUCAUGGACGUCCUUUCGAUGUCGCGACGCAACUUGGUAGCACUCCUCAUUUUCUCAAUGGGUGCUGUCCAAGUUGUGGGUUCGGCCGCGAUUUUGUUGACAUGUUGAGGGCGACACGGACGGCUCCACCUUGCACGACACGCUUUCUAACCAUGCUGACAAACAUUCACAAACGCAAGGCCACAAAUAAUUUUCUUGUGCAACGUGUAACAGACCAUCUUCUCCGGGAUUCCCCAAAGACAUGAUGCCCAACUAAUUAUUUAUGGUGGACCCAUUUUUGAUGACGGCGAACCCAUAGGCAGGAUCCCAGCCUCUACUGAGUGAAUCCACUAACCGGAGGCCGAGUUCUAUCAUGCAGACGGAGUCAUCUGUACUGCAACUAGAUCAUUACGGGCGAAAAUAAGCUUG